GGAUUUUGAACCGUUGGCUUAGUGAUUUUGAGGCGUUCCCCGAACUGUGUUCCGACCGCAACAUCGCUUAGUACACCUUGUCUCGACCCGAACAACAACCGCGAACAACGAACAUAGACAAUUUUCUGGAGUCUUGGUUGCGGCAAUCAUGGAGACGGAGACGACGGCACGUAUAAUGCGAACAGAUGCCUACAUCGCCUCCUUGAAUAUUCCUCAAUUCAAUUGCGAUAGGGAGGACAAAGAGCAAGUAAAAAUGCAUAUGUUGUGCUCUAUGCUUUGUUGUCCCAAGCAGAUAAAUGAAGACGAAACAAUUUCAGCCGAGAAUACUGAUUUGAAUUUACGCCAAGUUUCACGACUUUGGUUAAGUUUGUACACUGUUGGGAGGAUAGCGACGGACUAUGACAGAGUCGAGGCGGACAGAAUUGCAAAAAAUCUGGAACGAGUUUUCCAACUUCCUCUUUUCGAAAAAAUUGUUCAAAUGGAUGGGAAUGCAAAGUUUAGAGCUGUGCCUCCGGAGCAAAUUUUACCACUAUAUCUCAGGAUCAUUCGAGGAGGCCAGUGGUUACGUUUGAGGAAGGGAGAGCAGAAAGCUAGAAAGGACAGAGAGUGUAAUACACCUGAGGCCGUAUAUAAAGCCAAAGUUGCUUGCAACUUCUUGCUGAAGCUUAUAGGGAAGGAAAGAAGCCAUCAGAAAGCUCCUCUGGUAGAUUGGCAGUUGGUACAGAACAGAUAUGCAGAGAUGUUCGCCAACGAACAUAGUGAAGACAGAAAACUCAUGGAAUGGUUUGAAGCAUAUGGCCUGGAAUUCAGUCAACCACAUUUGAACAGUGAGCUGAUCAAAAGCUGGACCGGUCGCAGCUCAAUCACAAAAGCUUUAUCGUUGCCUUUGUUUUCUAAAAUUUACUGGGAAAAGGAUGAGAGCACAGGAUUCCUCCGUGUCGGCUUUGGAAGCGACACUGAGUUAUAUACUGAUGAAGAGUUACGAGAAGCUCUCGAUGCCAUGAGAAUUGCUGCUGAAGAAAAACAAAGAAUCGCUAAUAAUGCUAUUGAGCAGGAAAGGUACUCGAAAGUGUUCACACCGACAGAAGUCCAAUGUCUAACUCCAGUGCAAGAGCGCCCGAUGAAAGAUUUCACAAACGUUCCUGCCGUUACCACAGCAUCAUCGCCGUUUACCAAUUUUGGAAGGCAUAGUUCUGGCAUAGCAAUUACUCGUAAAAUCCGGAAGCAUAUCUCAAUGAACGAAGCACAGUACAUUCCCUCUUCCGACAAUGUCGAUGAAAGUUCGGAUUCGUUUUCUGACUCUGACGACGAGGGUCCGAAAGGAGUUUACAGCGAUGAUGAGGAGCUUGAGAGUAAUCUUCCUGCGGUGUCGAAAAAGGAGUCGACCUUGUCAGCAGGAUUUCAACCAACUGGCUUUGCCGUUCCCAAACCUGAUCCUCCGUUGGUAAAACCGAAGCCAGUUCCUGUUGCUGUGAAACCUUACUACGCUGGAAGACAGGAGGAAAUUCGUGUUGAUGCAACAGUGGAACCAUUCCAAAAUCGUUGGGAAUCUGAGGAUGAUCAAGGACAAGCGAGAGCAAGAAUAAACGUUCCACGUGGUAACCAUCCGCCAACCAGUAGCAUGCCGAUGUCUAAUCCAGCGCAGCCUCAUUCGUCGGAGUCGUUCGACUCAGCGCCACGGCAUUUGUCUGCAUUCCAGUCUUGUAAACAACCAGGGAGAUCGGAUAAGAAUGAAGAGGGGGCAAAUAAUUCGCAUCCUGAGCAAGCCAUCCCUACAAAUAAGGACACUCGAAGAGCAAAUAUAGACCAGCGCGCGCUCUAUGAUCAAUGUGAGAAUAGCCACGAGAAACACGAACGUGCAAAUAGCCCUGACUUUGGACAAAAUGAUAGAUUCAACAGUCAGAACAGCCAUUACGCCCGGGUUGAUCGACGUUCUCAUCCUACAGAUCUACUCGACAAUAACUCUCAAAGUCACAUGCGAUCUCCUGAGGACUUCUCGAGUUCCCGAAGGGAAUCAGUAUUCGCACGAUCUAGCGAUCGUAACCAUUUCUCCACGGACAGGCAGAACGAAAGACCCGAAUCGCGACAACGCUCUUAUAAUGGAUUCAAGCCGAAUAACGUCGAUUCACAUUUCCAUGGUGCAAAAGAAUCAGCAUUCUCUCGCACCGUUGAUGAAAGUGCUUUCCGUCCGCGAAGUGUUCUUCGCCAAACGAGUAUGCAGUCGUUGGCUUCUUCAAGGAGCUUGAUAAAUGAGGGAUACGAUUCAAGAAGCAAUAACAGUGCAUUCCAAAAUGAGCAACAUUUCGGCCGGAAAUUCAGUGCCAUGCCCAAAUACUCCGAGUGGGAUGAUGACGAGGAAAGCAGAGGUUUCAGGAAUACAGAGAAUCGUCAGCCUAGCAGUCAUUCAAGUGAAGAAGGCCAUGGACGGCCUAAAGCUGAUUUCUCUGCGCCUACAAGAGAUGCUUCUCGUAUGCCACAAUCAACAUCUACAAGAAUUGAACACGAUCGCCUAGAUGAUUUUCGGAAUAGGUCACGACAGAGCUACAGAAGCGAGCCUUCGAAUGAUCGCGAUCGAGACCGAACUUUGUCGACUUCACAUCCAGAACCGCUCACUGCUGAUCAAGCAGCUCGCUUGCGGAUGAUUAGGGACUACACAUUCCUCCAUCGGAACGUGAAAGAAUUAGGAUUCCGAACAAUUGACAAAAUUUCGUCCAUCUUACCACCUGAUGAUAGCAUAAACUAUCUUCAGCUUGUACAAGAACACAUUCCAGAGAUUGAAACCGCGCCGUUCAGAGACACAUACAUUUUGUUGUGGAAAGAAGGGGUCAAAUCCAAUGAAGUCCAGAGACGGCAUUUUGAUGCUUGACCAAGAUCAUAUCACUACAUUUAUACGAGUCAAUUUACUGUGUAUACAUUUUCUUUGAUUUUAUCGGUGUACACUCGGGAAAAUGAAAUUAUUUUUCUC